AAGGAAAGGAGAAAGCCAUGUUGGCCAUCUUCUCGAUAGCAACUCUCUUCUUCCUAGCCUCCACCGGCGAGGCCGCGGCCUUACCGGGCCGGAUAUUUGAUACCGACGGUAACCCGCUGAGAUCCCGUACUGCCCGCUACUAUAUAAUGCCCGUCGUAGACGAUGCCUACGGCGGCCUGGAAUCCGAGUAUCGCAUCAAAGGCACGUAUACGUGUCCAAAAUUCAUCUGCCAAGAUGAAAAUAAAUUCCCGACAAGCACCCCAGCAUCUUUUUGGCCCGUCGAUGGCAUGGGUUCGGUUCGGCUGUCGACGGACAUGAACGUCGAGUUCCACGAGUGGAACCCCUGCCCGGAGAAGCCGAUCUGGACCUUACCAUCGACCGACCCAGCUACCGGCAAAAGGAUGGUGAGGUACGGGGGGAUGAUCGGAAAACCGGGGCCGGAGACGGUGAACAACUGGUUCAGGAUAGAGAAAUCAGGGGACAACUACAAGCUGGUCUUCUGCCCGAGUGUCUGCAAGACGUGUAAGGCGGUCUGUGAAGAUCUUGGCAUCCACUAUCAGGAUGGGCAGCGAUGGUUGGUUCUUGGUGGCAGUCCGUUUGCCGUGAAGUUCCAAAGGUUGCCAAAGACUUGAUCAUAUGAUAUGAAUUAUAUCCGUUACCAAGUUUGAUCGACAUUAGUGUUGAUCAUGAAUAAGCAAACGCCAUGAUAUUAGGCCGUUUGAUGACUUGAAUAAAAUAUUGUACGUGUUGAACUUUCAGUGCAGACUACAGACUUUGUUAUAAAAUAUU